CCUAGUAAUCCGUGGUGAAAAGGAUGAGCAAGCAGUGUUGUGCAGCAAAGAUAAAACUUUUGACGUGAAAAUAGCAGAUACCUCAAAUAUGCUGCUGUUUAUUCCUGGUUGCAAAACUCCAGAACAACUGCAGGCGGAUGAAACAUCGAGUAAUAUUAUUCAUUCACAGAUUGCUGGCUUCUCCAAUAACUAUUGGGAAUUAAGGAGAUGUCGACCAAAACUGAAGAAACUGAGGAAGCUUUUAAUGGAAGAUCCAUAUGAAGGGCCAGACAGUCAGAAAGAUCAGACUUCAGCAUUUUCAAAGUAUACAACAGAAGAUUUAUUAAGUCUGAUUCAAGCAAGUGAAGAAGAAGUACUGCACCAAUUGCAGGUUAUAGAUGCCUGCAAAAUUGAAGGAUAUUGGAGAAUUCUAGAAUUUGACUAUGAGAUGAAACUCUUGAAUCACGUGACUCAGCUAAUAGACUCAGAGUCCUGGCCUUUAACUAAGGUUCCUUUACGUGCCUGCCUUGAGGAGCUUGGAUCUCUAGAGCCCACAGAAAUGAUAGAACAUAUUCUUUUAAGCUAUGGAAAGAAAUACAAUGAUGAUGCAGGGGAGGUUUACUUUGAAAUGCAUGAAGAUAAAGUAUGCAGAGGUAUAGCACAAAUGCUGUUGCAAAAUGUAGUUAAAUUUAAUUUAUCAGAGUUUCAAGAAGUCUGGCAACAAAGUGUCCCUGAAGGGAUGACAACAAGGCUUGAUCAGCUCAAGGGCUUGGCUCUUGUGGAUAAAAGCUCAAGACCAGAGACGAUAUUUCUGCUCAAGGUGGAAGACUUACCCGAAGACAAUCAGGAAAGAUUCAACAGCUUAUUCAGCAUACGGGAAAAGUGGACGGAAGUGGAUAUUACCCCGUACAUACAAGACUUAUGUGCAGAGAAGCAGACAGUUGGUGCUCUCCUGACAAAAUAUGCUCGCUCCUCAAUGCAGAACGGUGUUAAAGUUUAUAAUUCUAGAAGACCCAUCUCAUAA